GACCGUGACGCCGCGACCUCGGCAGUUAAAUAAUAUAUACACCUGACUCUAGACUCUCCCAUUCAGCAAGAUCGUUACACAGGAGUGAUAUGGUACCAUAACAUGCUCAGAUGUUUGGGCUGCCAGACUGGAAGGAAAUACUGCAGCAUUAUCGACUGUCACAGGUCAGUUCCAUGUUGCCGUGUUCGGGACAGAAGUAUGCGGUGUAUAGGCUUGGCUGUGAACACGAGAGCGUCGAUUUCCGAGUGGUUUGCACUGCAGAAACCAGGUCGGUUAUCAUGACUGAGGACCUGUGCUGUUCGUAAAAUGCGCCGUGUCAUUCUAGCAACUGGUGACUUAGGAAUCUGGAUGACUAUUUACUAAUCAUUCAUGGAUAGAAAAUUGUUGUGAAUCUAUGAAAUCCUACCCUGUAAACCUUAUAUCAGAAAUCAUUUUUCAAAUGAUAACUUUGACACUAACUAUGGAAACUAUAUAUAUUCCGAGGUAUUGAAGUCUACAUAUUCGUGAUGUAUUAUUUUGAAGACGACCUAUACGACGCCAUUGCUACUGGCAACGUCGCUUCACUGAAGGGUUAUAUGAGUCGAGGGCUCAGUGUCAACCAUGCAUUCAGGAAUACGAACGCCGUCGGCAGACUGGGCAUGACGCUACUGGACGCCGCAGUCUCCCUGAACCAGAAGGAUGUUAUACGUCAUCUCGUGUCACGUGGGAGUGACGUUAACAUGAAGUACGUCGUGGACAUAGACGAAUUUUGCUACAAACUUCGAGAAUAUCGAAAGAGGGAUAAAUUAAAGAUGAUGUCAAUGUACCCGUGUAUUGUCAAGGGAGACGUAGAUAUGGUUAAGUUGUUGAUACAAGGAGGCUUUGACGUCAAUAUCCAAGAUGACCGCGGUUGCACAGCACUAUGGCACGCCGUUGACCUUAGCAACUACGACAUGGCCAAAGCCAUAGCUAUGGCUGAUGGUUGUGACGUCAACUUAGCUGACGUGACCAUGUUACGUCCGCUGCACGUGGCCGCUCUUCACGGGAACGUCCGCAUCGCGUCGUUGCUGGUACGUUACGGAGCCAUCAUUGACGCAGUGCAGUUGAGGGGGUCGUCUCCCCUUAUAUUAGCGGUGAAAUCGGCAUGCUAUGACACAGUGCGCCUUUUGUUACUCAACGGCGCCGAUCCCAAUCGCAUCGGCUACAACGGCCACACGCCGAUAUCAACAGCGUUCCAGGUGUGUACGGACAGACGUAUAGUUGACAUGUUGAUAGAAGCGGGGGCCUAUUGCUACUACAAUCUCAUCAUCAAGUGUCAGAGGGAGAAGCUACCCCUUCUCAAACACCACCCGGAAGUAGUCGGCGUUCUCAAGGAGCUGGCUAGCUCCCCAAGGUCACUGAAAAUACAGACGUGCCUCGUUAUAAGGCGAACUCUACUGGCAUCAAAAUGUCAUCUUCAUCUUAUGAGGAAAGUUGCAAAACUACCAUUGCCGAAAAUAAUGCAGGAAUUUCUAUUAUUAAGCUAUCUGUGAUCGUUACGAGUUGGAGCUGACAUGUGACACAAUAUUGAUGCAUUGAUGACAUUGUUCAAUAGUAUUAACGCUUUCUUGCUAUUAAGGAACUUCGUGACAAUCAUGUCCAGAUGUGUUUUAAUUUAAGUUGGGGCAAACAGUCAUGUCCUUGCUUUGAGACAGAACAAUGGAACCACACAUGGUAUAGAACGCUGACAGAAAGGUACAGGCCGGUUCCAAGCUGUUCAUACAGAAUAUAUAUUCAUUUGUUGUGAUUGUGAUAUCUUUGUGGCCUUGGCCAAAUACCUACCAGCAUUAGGAGAACAGUAUAAUAUCACCAAUGCGACAAUGCUGACAUUGAAAUGUAAUGUAUUGCAUAUGUACUUCCUAUAUGUUUUGUUUGUUAAUUCGCGCAUGUGUUGCAUCUUGCUGGCAAGGUUCAUUAUGAGUGGUGCAGUUUGGUCUGCUAAACACCUUACAGUCUGUACUUCUUUCCUUUCUGUCUUAAGGUUGGUGAUAUAAUCAGAAUCAUGUUUUAAAAGAUUCGAUUGUUGAGCUAUUAGUUGUUUGAUAGGCAUUACUUAGAAGUUACAAUGUCGACACAAUUUAUGGAUACCAACUUCUUAUUUACUGUAAAAAGCGACGUUUUGGUAUAGAUCCUUAUACCGUUGCCAAGCAAAGAAGAAAUAAUGAAGUUGUUAUCCAUAAACUGUGUCUACUUUAUUGAGCUAUUGUUUAAAGGUACGGCUACUUAUAGGCAUACAAAGCUUUAAAGCUUUGUGCACAACUAAUUACAUAUACCCUAUAUAAUAUUCCAUGGCAAUAGUUAUUUGACUACCUUUUCAAUUACUACUUCUGCUUCUUCGCAUCAUAUAACGUUACCAGUAGUUUCACCAGACUCCGUGUUGAGCUCCGCCCGUUGAGUGUGUUAGUGAGUGAGUUAGGUUUAACGCCGCUUUUAACAGUAUUACAGUUAUAUCACGGCGUGUCAGCUUAAUUUGGGAGGAAAGCCCGAAGUGAUGUAGGUCUCAGACGUUUACCACUUCGG